UUUAUGGCUCACUUUGACAGAUCUCAUAAAGUUUAUAAACAACAAGUGUUUUAAACGAAGCUCCUGAAAAACGUUUUUACAAUUUUUGCAAAUUUAACCAAAAUUAUCACGAAAAAUGGGCACCAAACGACGGAAUAUGGAGGACGAAAUGUCCAGAUUCGAAGCGGAAAUCUCCAAGGCCUCCAAACCUUCCGGCCCGUCCGUGUCCAAUCCAUUCAUCCCGUCCCAGGUGCGCACCGUGAUUGGCUCGCAAACGUACAGCCAGGUCCAGCAGAAACUAGCCACGGCACCGACACGAAUCCCACCUCCGCCUGUGCCACCGUUCCUUCCGACCUACUCCACACCGGUUCCCCAGCAGCAACAGCACCAUCAACAACAGCAAAGCUCACAGCCGGAAAAGUCCUACUCGACGGAACCGAAACCGGUCGUGGUUAGCAGUGCGCCGAAGCUGUACAACGCUCGGCCAACGGUCGGGCUGUUGCCCAAGGUGGACGCUCCGUCGACCUCGAGCAGUUCCAUCGGGCCGACGAUUUCGUCCGCACCGGUGCAAUCGUACGACAUUGGGAACAUUCAGUUUGAGGUGACCACUAAGAUAAAGAAGCAAAAGACGGAGAAGUCCGGACCCAAUCCGAUUGCGGAAGAAGCUAUCAAAGCGGCGAGGGCAUCCUCGGCGUUGCAGUCGUUUGGGAAUGCUGAUCGUAGAGGAAAGAAGGAUCGCAAGACGGUGCGCGUCGCCGGUGGCCAAACCUGGGAAGAUCCGUCGCUGGGCGAUUGGGCCGAUGACGAUUUUCGCAUCUUUUGCGGCGACCUGGGUAACGACGUCAAUGACGAGCUGCUGACGCGCACCUUCAACAAGUUCGCGUCGUUCCAGCGCGCCAAGGUGAUCCGGGACAAGCGCACCAGCAAGAGCAAGGGCUACGGCUUCGUCAGCUUCAAGGACCCCCAGGACUUUAUUCGGGCAAUGAAGGAGAUGGACGGUCGCUACGUCGGCAGCCGUCCGAUAAAGUUGCGCAAAAGCACCUGGAAGAAUCGCAGCAUCGAGCAGGUACGGAAGAAGGACAAGGAAAAGCAAGCCCUUCUUAAUUUGUUCAAUCAAAGCUAAUUAUCUCAAGCAAGGAAAGGGCGAGGGUUUUAGCGGGCCGUUUUGCGUUUCUUUGAAUGAAUGACGAGUAUAAUCAUAAUCACCCUUCAACUGAUGCAACCAAAUGUAUUUCUUAGAAUUUCAUCUUCAAUUACUAUCGCAACCGAUAUUUCUAUCAUAUAGUACUACUAGAGCUGGUAAAUUACUUCCUACAGAUAACUCUCCCUUACAGCAUAGCAUUCUAAGCAGGUAUUCAAAUGUGUUUCUUGCUACAGGCUUGGUCCUCUUCAAAUGAUUUUUACUCAU